GCGUGUGGCUGUCUGUCAGUGUCACUCAAAUCAGCUACACAGCUAGAAUUCCAAUUUUGAGUUUGCUUGCCAGUGAAGUGAGAGCUCUGCGAUACGAGGAAAAGUUCUUAAAAUCAUCAAAAUGUCGGUGUUCGCAGGAUUAAAUCGUAAUGUUUUCAAACGCACAUCUACUUUUGCUUUGGCAGUGGCUUCGGGAACUUUCUUCUUUGAAAGAACCUUCGAGCUCAUUUCUGUGUCGAUUUUCGAGAGCAUAAACAAGGGUAAAUUGUGGAAGGACAUCAAGGACAAAUAUGAAUAAAAGAGGAAAUAUCAAGUACAUAAAUUAUUAGUUUAAUUGUUAAUUUAUACAUAUUUGAUUAAAAUGUCACUAAUUUACAAA